AUGAAACCGUCGCCACCGUAUAGCAUCAGCAUGUACCAGCAGGAGCUGAUGGCGGAGGAGCAGAGUGGCCUCGCCAUGGGGAUGGAGGUUGACGACUCCGACACGCUUGAGAUCCUGGGAGAGCUCGAGCGUCAGCCCGCCGACGCCGAUUUCUUCAACUCCUUUGAGGACGACUUCGACGACUCCGACAUCUGA